AUGGGUGCCACCUUGCACUGCCUCUUCAUGCAACAAAGGAAUGGCAGUGGAGAGAAGCUCUGGAAAGAAGCUGUGGACAGGGCCUCGUUUGGGACCAGGUGCAGCUUCUAUUCAUCUUGGGUGCCUUCAACCAGUGGGGAGGUUGGGAAAGUCUUCCCAGCCAUCUCAGAGCUUCUCCAGCACCAGGCCCUUCUCAACACUAAGGAGCCACACACAGGCAGAGGCAUUUCACAGGAAUUUAUCAAUGAAAAAUGUCAUUACGAUUGGGGUGAAGGUGAAAAAGCUGCCAGCCACAACCAGGAAUUUGUACAACAUCAGGCUGUCUGUUCUGGAGAAAAUAUUCAUGAGUGUAACAAAUGUGGGAAAGUUUUUAGACAUAUCUGUAACCUCAAUCGACAUAGAAGCGUUCACGCUGGAGAAAAUCCAUAUGAGGAUAGUGAUUGUGAGAAGGCCUUCAGUCAAAGCUCUAAUCUCAGUCAACGCAAGAGGAUUUACACUGGUGAGAAACCUUUUGUAUGUAGUGACUGUGGGAAGUCCUUUAGGGAAAAGUUAACCUUCGUUAAACACUACAGAAUUCACACUGGAGAAAAGCCGUAUGAGUGUACUGAUUGUGGAAAGUCCUUCAGGCAAUCCUCAGCUCUCACAUAUCAUCAAAGAGGUCACAGUAGAGAAAAUUCUUAUGAGUGUAGUGACUGUGGGAAGCUCUUCCAUCAAAGGUCUUGCUUUACUAUACACCUUAGACUUCACAGUGGACAAAAGCCCUAUGAGUGUACUGAUUGUGGAAAGUCCUUCAGUCAAAGCUGUCACCUCACCCAACACCAGAGAGUUCACACAGGCGAAAAACCUUUUGGUUGUAGUGAUUGUGGGAAGUCUUUUAGGCAAAAGUUUACCCUCAUUCAACACCACAGAGUUCAUACUGGAGAAAAGCCGUAUGAGUGUACUGAUUGUGGAAAGUCCUUCAGGCAUGGCAAUUCACUUACUCUACACAGGAGACAUCACACUGGUGAGAAGCCUUAUGAGUGUAGUGAAUGUGGAAAAUCUUUUAGGAGCAGUAGUCACCUCCUUUACCACAAGAGAACUCACACAGGAGAAAAGCCGUAUGAGUGCAGUGAUUGUGGGAAGUCCUUCAGCCAAAGAUCCAAGCUCAUGGACCACCACAGAUGUCACACUGGAGAAAACCCAUAUGAGUGUAGUGAAUGUGGGAAAUGUUUUCGCUACAAACCUAGCCUUGUUAGACAUCUGAGAGUUCACACUGGAGAAAGUCCUUAAAUGUGCAGGGGAUGUUUUAUCUUUCUCACUCUACAACACUGAAGAAGACUUAAAUCCAUUUACCUGAGUAUAAACCCCUCUUAUCUGAACAUACACUGUGCGAAAUUCCUCAUAAGUUUGAGGUACAAGUGAGGCUUGAAGGAGCUGCAUUGCACUUGCUAUCUUCCAUGGACUCCACCUCAUUGAUGUCACUGCGAGGAUUUGUGGCUGAAGUGACCUCCCCACCACCUGGCUCAGCUGAACAGUGUGCAUCAGUCACCACCCCUGCGUGAUCAGGAAAAGGAAUUCUGUGUUCUCCCUUGUGCUUAAGUGAAUUAUGAAGACUCUGAGCUCCUGGCAGGAUCUUCAUUCCUUGCUCUCUGACUAGGAAAUGCACCUAACUCAGGAUUCAUCCAGAGGCCCCAUCCUUAGCUAAGAAGAGCUGCCUCUCUCAGGGACAUGUGGCUCUCACAUUUUGUUGUCACCAAUGGUUUCAGGUUCCAAUUCACCGACCUGAAAACUGCUUGCUGUGCACUGCUCUGGUUUACGAUGUUUUUGUAACGGCAUUUUUGCUUUUGCACCUUUAGUUCUGGUGGUCCUAGUCGCCGCCUGGGAUGAUUUGCAAGCACAGGUGUGAUCUGGCGUCAUGUGGAGUCACCAGAUACUGUGGGGAUCCCAAACUCUGUGCUUCAGAGGGGACAGCAGAAUGGCAGAAAACCUCUGUUUGUCUAAUUAGUUCGCAUUACUGCCCCAGGCCUUGAAAUAGACUGGGUGACUUUGCCAUUCUAUUAUGCAGGUUUCAUCCUUGGCCCCCCACUUCUGCUAGUGUGGGAGGCAUCCAGUCA